AUGACCAGCACACGCCAACAACACUCGCCAGUCUUGGCCAUCCUCCUCCUUGGCCUCCUCCUCCAUACCUGCCCCGCCCUCGGCCUCGGUCUCCCCCGCCGCGACAGCUUCUACGGCACUGCCGGAAACCGCAAGGCCGCGACGGCUGGGAUCGCGCUCUCGGUUAUUGCGCUGGUGCUGUCCAUCGUGGCGUUUGUACUGAUGCUGUAUAGUCGCCGCAUGAGGGCGCAGGAUGAGAGGUAUGCUGUGCGUGCGCAGGAGUUGGGAGCGGUGGAGGGGGAGGCGAAGAGCGGGUAG